AUGCAAGUAGCUGAGAUCCUCUCCGAUCUGACAUCCCUACGCGUCUGUGAUCACCAUGACGCCCUCGCUCUCGUUACUGUUAAUGAGCGAAUACCCCAGACCACAGACCAACAUAACCUCAAAACAACAAACGCGACCCCUUCGGUCUCUGGAGUAAAUUCAGGCAGCUACGAAAACGAGGAUCUCCGUCGCGCAAAAGAACUUGUCGACUUGCACUAUGAGUUCAAAGCCCGUCAUGCGCUAGGCACGGUUGAUGAGGAGCUCUCGCGUGCAAGGGAAGAAACCACUGGCUCCACUGUUGGUUCUCUCGAACUAGGACUAGAAAGCAUGGCGACAAGCGUGGAUGCCAAGCUGCUGAAGCAGACCAAAUUCCCUCCGGAAUUCAGCCGGAAGGUGGACAUGACCAAGGUCAACAUCGAGGUGAUGAAGAAAUGGAUUGCUGGAAAGAUCUCCGAGAUCCUGGGAAAUGAGGAUGACGUCGUCAUUGAGCUCUGCUUUAACCUUCUGGAAGGGUCGCGGUUUCCCGAUAUCAAGUCCCUGCAGAUUCAGCUCACCGGAUUCCUCGAUAAAGAUACUGGCAAAUUUUGCAAGGAGCUGUGGUCGCUAUGUUUGAGUGCCCAGGAAAACCCCCAGGGUGUGCCCAAGGAGUUGCUGGAGGCGAAGAAACUGGAGCUUAUCCAAGAGAAGAUCGAAGCGGAAAGAGCCGCCGAGGAAACCCGCAAACAGAAGGAACAGGAGCGCGCGCGAGAGCGAGAACUUGAAGAUCUUCGACGCAGAGAACGAUCUGAGCGCACAAGGGGAGGAAGAAGAGGCGGUGGUCGCGGUGGUCGAGACUUCGAUAGACGUCGGUCGCCUCCGCGACAGCGCAGCCGUGACCGUUUCCGAGGUCCGCCUGGCAGACGAGAGUUCGACUCCUACGUGCCCUCAAGCUCUCGUCGAGGCCUCCCGAAGCGGCGUCGGUCCAUUGAGAGAUAUGCCCCAGUUGCACGGAGACGGCGCAACACGUCCUCCGUAUCCGUCCCCAGUGAUAAACGAAAGAGGAUGGCUGAUGAAGACGAGGAUGCCGCCAAACGAUCACCACCGCCGGCUGAGAAGCCAAGCUCGAGCGACCACGAGAUGAAGGAUGCCACUGAGGUGGCUCGUGUACGCAUCUCCAGCUCCGAACUACGCGAGAAGCUGCUCCGCGAGAAGAUCAUCGCGAUGCGCCGGACCGCCUCGAGCGACAAGGUAGGUAGCUCUACAUCUUCAAGGUAG